UAUCAAAUCUUUCUCAGCACAGUUGUACUGAAGCACUUAAUCAUCUAGCUUGAUGGGCUCGUCAGUGUGGGAGACGCUUUGAGCUUAAUCAUAAUUUACCACUGGCUUACAACACCUCAGAAAAGCAUAUAGUGGUAAAAAUUAUAUCCAGUGUUACAUAUCAAGGCUUACGUCAGUGCUAUGUGUACGGCAAUCUGAUUGGCUAACAAAUAUAGAAAAAGCAAGCUGAGCUAUUUAUAGACUCAAUAACAGCAUUAGAUAAAACUGCGAAGUUCAGGGAGAAUCGUUGUAUUCUUUGGGCGAACAACCGGAAAUUCCAUGUCUUAGAUAAUCGUUAAGGUACAAUGGCACAGCAGAUAAAGCUCGUAACAGUGGGCGAUAACUCCACGGGAAAGACGUGCUUAUUCAUCGCCUAUGCAAAGAACGCUUUCCCAGAAGAAUACAUACCAACAGUGUUUGAAAACUACGUAGCCGAUGAUAUAGUAAACGGAAUACCUGUCAGUGUGGGUCUGUGGGAUACACAUGGAGUAAUGGAGGAUCUUGACCGUCUACGGCCGUUAUCUUAUUUCAUGACAGAUGUCUUCCUAAUAUGUUUUUCAAUAGACAAACCAGAAUCUCUGACGAAUGUCAAAAUGAAAUGGGUUCCAGAACUUCGGCACCAUUGUCCUAAUACACCAAUAGUACUCGUUGCUUGUAAAAUAGAUUUGCGAGAGAAAAGUUCAUCUGAACUUGUGACGUCUGCAGAAGGGUCAAAGGUUGCCAGAGAUUUGGAAUUGGGUUAUGUUGAAACCAGUGCGCGAACACGAGAAGGUGUACAAGAUAGUUUCAAUACAGCGAUCAUGGUAGCGUUACGCGAUACAAAAAUGACUGUGAUACAACCUUGGUUCUCCUGUGGUAAAAGAGCACUCUCUCCUCCUGUCAUGCCUCCUGCAGGCAAGGCACCAAGAAUUGAAGUUGAAACAUCAAGGUUUGCAGAAGAUUGGAUAGCGAUGCAUGAAAAUCCUGUCAAUGCAGAUGUCACGUUUGUCCUGGGUGGACAACACAAACUGGACUCGCAUAAAAUAGUCCUAUGCUCAGCCUCCACAUACUUUAGACGAGUGUUUGGAAUGAUGUCUUCAAAUGAGGCGAAGACAUCGAAGUCCACAGGUAACUUCACUGUGUUUGAACUGAACCAAGAGAGAGUACAAGGGAUUGUGGCGGUAUAUGACCAGGACAGAAACGCAGAGGAUGUCGUGGGUCAAGGUCACUGUCAUACCGUGGUGGAACUCAGUCAUGAUAUCAAACCAAAAGCGUUUGUCAGAGUUCUGGAGUUCCUUUAUUCUGGUGUUCCUAACCUGACCAACGACGAAGACCAGGUCGAAAUUGACGACAUCGUUGACGUCAUGGAACUUUCUGACACAUUCAAUUUACCAAGACUAGCAGAGAUUUGCCAAAACUGCCUUACCAAUCAGGAAUUCCUGAAUCCAAGUGUAGGUACCUCCUUGAUUGACGAAACAAUAAGGACGAUGACAUCUCUGUAUUUCAAUAAACCAGAAACUGCAGACGUCAUAUUAAAAGUUAGAGGAAGAAAAAUAUACGCUCACAAGACUGUCAUAGCUGCUAGAUGUAAAUUGUUGGCGGACACGAUUGAAAGUCACUUUAAAGAAAGUCAUUUAGCCAUACUUGAGCUGGAAAUUCCGGCUGAUGGUUUCAUCGCUCUUCUGGAAUACCUGUACAGUGAUCACGCACCUGUUGAAGAUAUCGAUAGGAUGGAACUAAUUGCUCUCGCGGAUAAAUACGGACAAAAACGUCUCGUGAAUCUAUGUGAAUUAUAUGUCACCAAAGAAAUCAACAAGAGUGUUAUACAGACUAUAGAGAAGGCAGAUAUCGACGUCAUUGGACUUUUACAAACAUCACAGAAUUACAAUGCAGAACAAUUAUCCAGUUGGUGCCUCCAUUUCAUCUCCACAAAUUAUCCAGCGUUCAAAAACCGGAAGGAAUUCUCGUCAUUAAAAGAAGAAAACAAAACAUACAUUGAGGACAACCAGUGGCCUCCAGUAUCGUACCUUCGUAAGGUGGAAGCCUACAGGAAGAAAUGGAAAACAAAGGGAGACAACUGUUCAUCGAAAUGUGCAAUACUGUAAACAUGUAGAUAAUUAUUGCGUAUAGAUAAGGUGUCGCCUAUCAAUACGAAACGAAUUCAUGGGUCUGGGAUUAAAACUACUCAAAAAAGUGCAAUAUACAUCAUAAAUAAUUGAUUAUAAAUAUGAUUUUAUAAGUCAUUACCGGUAUACAAUAUUUAUACAUAUUAUAUAUUAUCAUAUACUUUUUUUUUUAUUUAUUUACUAAUUACAUUUUGUAUUUAUUUUAAUGUUUUGAUACCGUUCCGUAAAGCAGAUGCGCAUGGUGUUUGGUUGCUAUAGAGUUCAAAGGCAUGGAAAAGUCGUGGAUGAUGAUACAAAAGUAUGUGAAGUGUAGAGGGUUGCAAAUAGUGUGGAUGAUUACAUCAUAUACAUAGAGCGAGUAUGUAAUGUUAAGUGGUGAUGUAUAUCAUGCUUAUAAGACAAUGGCAUGGUGAUGUAGGAGGAUGUUAUUGAUGUUGAUGAUAAUGAUUGUCAAGCAUGUUACUAGUGAAUGCAAUCAAUGUAAACAAACAAUUCAUUAUAACGUGCACUGACCUAUAUUCCUUUGCAUGAUGAUGACUUGCUUAUAUGCAGUUUUAUAUUAAUUAUUUCGUAUGAUGAUGAUGAGGAGGAGGAGGAGGAGGAGGAGGAGGAGGAGUGACUUGUUUAUGCAAUUUAAUAUUCACUAUUCUGUAUUAAGAUAAUUAUAAUGAAGAUGUGGAGGACGAUGAUGAUGAUGAUGAUGAUGAUGAUGAUGAUGAUGAUGAUGAUGAUGAUGAUGAUGAUGUGGAGGACGAUGAUGUGGUGAUGAUGAUGAUGAUGAUGAUGAUGAUGAUGUGGAGGACGAUGAUGUGGAGGACGAUGAUGUGGACGCUGAUUGAUGAUUUGUAUGCUAAGAGGAAGUACGAUAUUUACAUAGGUGGUGUUUCAUGAUAAUGAUGAAGAGAAUGCCAAGUUGUAUGUCCUUAAGAUCCAAUGGUGUCUGAAAAUGAGAUUAUUGAGGGUUUUUGCGAGGGUGAGUUUUAUCGUGAGGGUGAGGCAAAAAAGAGAUUAGGUAAUAAUUUGAUUAUGUAAAUAUAUCAUACAUGAAAAUGAAAAUAAAAAACAACAAUUUAAAACAAAAA